AUGGAAUCUCCUCCUCCCAGCGACCGAAUGAUCAAGACAGACUUGCAAGAGAGCAUAGAAUCUCCCACUAUGGUACAGGACUUCAUCGAUGACUGGAGCAGUGACGAUGGUAGUAUGAGUUGCUAUGAGAUGAUGGCUGGAAUUGAAACUUCUGUGAAAUCAGAAGACGACGAUUCACGUCAUAGUUUGCAAGAGAUGGUUUCAAAAUCACUCAUUCAAAUCGAAGGGGUAAUGGGAGAAAUCUUGAACGAGACAUCCUCUUCCUCGAACCUUCGCCGACGGUUGAUGAAGCGAAAUUCUAGCCGUGAUACCAUUUCCUCUGAUGGCGACGUUCUCCCACCACCAAUUUCUUUGCGGACUUGUUCCACAAUGGGAUCAGCGGAUAUGAAUUUGGAUGGCUUGCAAGAAGAGCUGACCAACGCGGAGCACGAAGAGAAACAAAAUUUCAAGCAAACUGUCAUGGCGAAUGUCGAAAGGAUCUCCAGCGAGCUCGAAGAUACUCGCAAGAGCGAAGAAGAACUGAAGCAAAAACUUGAUAGCCUGCGGGAGCGAUUGGCCCAACGCCGUGAGCUACGCAAUCGCAUUACAAAUGCCAGCAAGAUCGUUAAAGCAAAUGCAGACAGUAUGCCGAAACCAACAAGAGAACAUGAGGAGAUGAGAGAACCAUCAGAAGAGUUCAAGCCGGAAGAUUUCAAGGCAUCUGGAAGCCCGGCGACUCGAAAGAAAGGUUCCUGGUUCUCCAUUUUCCGAGGUCGGCGGAGAAGGCGACAGGAAGAGGAGGAAAGAGAUCAAAAACAAUCGAUGACAUGCCGUAAUGCCAAUGAGCUAGUUAUUUCGUUUAAGAGUAGUUUCGCAGAGCACAUUGUCCCCAUCGAGGAGCAACAACGGGAACAUCAAGAGCGUGUUAAGGCCGGACGACGAAAGCGUUUCGCAACUCGAGGGUCUUGGGGGUCGUUCAUUCCCGCCUCUCGGAUGAUGCAAUGCUAA